CACCAAAUGCCCAGCGGCACACGCGGACACAGUGUCAAAUAAAUAGCGCGCACCCACAGCGUCUUACACGCUUGUAUAAAAUAGCCAAGAUGGAUUCUUCUACCGACAUGUUUGCCAUGCUUGUUUUCUCAGACUAUUCGCUUUUGGGAACUCGAAGCAAGAGUUCCCUCGUUGUUUGUUCCUUACUCUUUUGAUACCGUUCUGGUUCUUCUCUGGCCACACAACUAACUGUCUUGCCUUACACCCAAUUCCCUCGUCUUCGUCCAAGAUACGCGGCUCCUGUUAUGGCUAUGGAGCCCAAAUUUAAACAAGAGAUCCAACAGAUGAUGUACAUUGCAGGGGAACCACAAGAUGUCUCAGUACAGACCACCAAGCUCAUUGAGGACAUCAUCCGAGAACAAGUCAUCCACCUGCUGAAAACAGCCAGCGACCUCGCCGCCCGCCGCGGCUCCCGCGUCUUCUCCAAUAACGACCUAAUAUUCCAAGUCCGCCACGACAAAGCCCGCGUCGAACGUCUCCGCAUCUUCCUUACCUGGAAAGCCAUCCGCAGAACCGUCAAAGACUCUGACGAAAAAGAAGGCUUCGUCGACGAAGCCGACAUGGAAGAAAACGUCGCCGCUCCUACAGACGACGCACCUGCCGGCGGCAAGGCCAGGCUACCUACCGUCACACUCCCAUGGGACGUGGCAUCCUAUUUUUCCGAGCAAGUCACUGAGGCGAGCCAGGAGGAUCUGGUGGACAUCACCAGCAGCGAGGCCGCGCUGGAGAAGCUGAGGAGGAAUGAUGACCGGACGAGGGAUAUGACUGUUGCGGAGUACGCGACGUGGUCAGAGUACCGUCACGCGUCGCUGACCUACCGCAAGGCCAAGAGGUUUCGAGAGUGGUGUGGGUUGGGCGUGAUUGCAGAGAACAAGCCCAAUGACGAUGUGAUGGACAUUCUGGGGUUCUUGACGAGUGAAAUGGUACAGAACUUGACUGCGCAGGCACUCAGGGUCCAAAAGCAAGAGGCGAUUUGUCUCGGCAAGGGGACGGCGGUAGCUAGGGAAGAGAGGGGCUUGGUGGCGGGCUUGGGUGGGUUAUUCGCUGAACCGGAGGGUCUUAGGAAGGCGGUUGACGUGAGGCAUGUCCGGAUGGCGUUCCAGCAGUUGCAGGGGAGACCGAAGAAGAGUCGGACGUUGUUGAAUGGAACCAGACUUUCGCAGCCAUCUACGUUGAGACUUCUAUAAUCUCAUUGCAUGCUCUUGAUGGAUGCUUCCUUUUCUGUUCGGGUUCUUAGAAAGUUAUACGGUCGUAGCAAGGUUUAAAUCCAAACUGCUGCCGUGGGACAUGAGAAUCGAUUCUGAAAUGUCUCACUAUUACCACCUCCCUAAAUCCGUGCUAGGUAACACUGAUCUAACAAAUUGACAGCCUUGCUGCAUAGUCCAUGGAGAAAAUGUCAUCUCCGUCAAUUGCCUCAAUUGAUUUUAGAAGUGUGCUUCUCUCUGGUGUUUUGAUCACUGAACUCGGAAUUUGGGUCUGUAACAGUAACACCAUGGAGCACGG